AUGGCUGAAGAACCAACUCUCCCAACUCUCCCGCGCUUCCCUGCCGUGUCGUGGAACUCGGGGACGCAGUCUUUCAACAACACGCGUAAACGCGUGCGUGGGGACGGGUAUGAUGUCGCGGCACCUGCGCCCUUCUUCUCAAACUCGAGCGACCCAGCUGUGUUCUCCAGUGACGAUGAUCCCAGCUUGGAGAAUUACACCCAAGGACGUCACCGCAAGAAGCGAUAUGUAGGUUCAUGGUAUCAGCAGCAACAGCUCGCGUCCUCGGACUCCGCCCUGGGCGAUGAGGUGCGCUUGCCCAAGCCCACGGGCAAGCGGACAUUUCAACGCACAGCCGACAGUGGUGUUUGGAUGGGCAGUGAUGCCUCGACGGAUCUCGAGGACGCGGCCGGCCUAGAGUUGCCCCAGCCCGCCCCGUGCAGAUUGCCGCAGCUUAAUGUUUCCCGCCAGCCUGCGGCCAUAUCUGAGAACGAAGAGUUCGCACGGGAUCUUGUCUACAAAGCGUUGGAGAACGGGGAAGAGGACGUGAAUCUUACCUCUAUUGGCCUUGAGGAUCUGUCUAAUGCCACCAUCACACCCCUAUCAGAAUUUGCAUGCAUACCAACUGUCACGGAGGGAGUGCCCUUUGUGCAGAGGGAUCCCUCUCUGAAAAUCUAUCUUGCGCAGAACCCACUGCGUCGCGCGCCUGGUGCUCUUUUCAACUUGGAGUUUCUCACAGUGCUCAGCCUCCGCAACACCAAGAUCACGGAGCUCUCGCCCUCACUAGGCAACUUGCGUAAUCUCAAGUCUCUCAACGUGUCUCUGUGCCGCCUUCGAUGUCUGCCCGGAGAGCUUCUGGAAUUGAUGACGUAUCCCUCAAAGCUCGAGGAUUUACUUCUCGAUCCCAAUCCGUUUUAUCAGCCCGACACUGAUGACAAUCCCAUCCCGGACCUGGACCCCGAGCUAUUCGAAGAUUCAAAGGACAUCAUCCUUCUUCAUGAACAGACGUUGAACAACACAGCGGUACUGCGAACGUGGCUUGAUAAACGAGAUGGUCUAGGAGAUGGCGUACAGGACUCGCUCAGUGAUCUCACUUCGACGUGGCGUGCGAGGAUUGUAGCUCGAUCACCAGUGCAAUUCAUGAACAGUCGCGGUGCUAUCAUCUCCAAGUUUCACUUGCCGAGCGCACAGAGUGACCUCAAGGUGCUGGAAACUGAGGAUCUUACUCUACCGCCUUCGCUUCCUACGUCUAUGGCCCACUCUUCGACAGGGGAAGCCAGCAGAGUUCCAUCUCUGCUCGAACUGGCAUUAAAGUCUUGUUCUCAAACGAGCCAGCUCCCUUUGUUGCCGGCAUAUCUUCCAGAUGAUGCCCCACCACAUUUAUCAGAACUCCUUCGCCGUAUUGUGGUUCAGCAACAAACUAAUGCCAACCUUGGGGAUCUGCCGUGUUCCAACUGCAGAAGACGAACAAUUAUGCCAGUGGGCCAAUGGGUCGAGUGGUGGUAUACUGCAAGGGUCUCUUUGGCCACGGGCCAGGUGGGACCCAUGGUCGAGGACAGUGCCAGAAAGGCAGUGCCUUACAUGAAGAGAGCGUGCUCUCUUGGGUGCUUGCCACAGCCCAGGAAGGUGGGAGCUCACUUUCCGGGGACGGUGAGGACGUGCGUUACUAGCAUCCAGGCGGACACCGAAUAG